AUGGAGACUGACGCGUCACCGAGCAAAGAUGAGCUUCGCGCCCUACUGCAACAGGCAAGGGAGGCUGCAACAAAGGAGAAAGAGCGCGCAGAACAGGAGAAAGAGCGUGCAGAAAAAGUGGAAAAGCAAAAUCAGAAUACUACGUUUGCAGAAUACCUCCACGCUUGCCAUGACUUCAUUACGGUGCCCAUGACCAUCCAGACCAACCGAUCGCUCACUACCAAAGGUUCUAUCACCGACCCGACCGGCCGUAUAUGCCCGACCUUUCUUCGACCGUUUGAUUUUCGCAAAGCACAACAAGAUGUCUUCGACGAGCUCUACAAAAGCUUUCAUUCUCCAUCUGAUUUACGACUGUUUCCUUCGAGGCCUAUUAUUGAAUACACAGGGAAGCAGGCAUGCAGAUAUCCAUUAGCAAGUGAAGCAGACCUGGCGCAAUAUAAAAAGGCAGAACUUGAAAAUCCUGUUAUGGAGAUCUUUGAUAAGCUGCUUCAGCUUCCAGAAGACCGACGUCCAUUUCUCCUUGAUGAAGGGAUCAUAUUCGAAAACCAUUCCAACACGGUCACAGAGAAUCCAGAUCAGAUGACUCCCGCGCGACCUCCAACGAGUAAGGAGCAAAUGAAACCUGCGCGACCUCCAGCGGAUCGACACUGUGUGUAUCAGAAAUCCGGCGAUACGCGAAGCUUGGCUUAUAUUAUUGAAUAUAAAGCUGCGCACAAGCUUACUGAUGCCUUCCUCCGAGCUGGCCUUCGACCGAUGAACCUGGUGGAGGAAGUUGUUCAGCGGGUUACAAUACCAACAGAUCUUGAUGAGAAACUUUGUUACGACGCUGCUUUCUUGUCAUGUGCCGCCGUUACACAAACCUAUGAGUAUAUGAUGAAAUCAGGCCUCGAAUAUGGCCUACUAACAAACGGUCAUAUGAAAGUUAUCCUUCGGAUCCCCGAGAACAAUCCCGAUGCACUAGAGUAUGACCUCCUUGAACCGAGCCGGGAUGCUGAGGCGAAGCCCACUGAUGGCUGUGGUUUCCGUUUCCCUUAUACGGCUAUUGGCUACCAGUUAAGCUUGACUCUCAUGGCAAUUCGAUCACCACAACGAAGCCAAGCAUGGCGGAAUGAAAUCAUUGCCGCAUCAAGCAGAUGCGAAAUCGAUUUCGAACGUGCGCUUCGUUCGAUUCCAGAAUCAGAACGCAAGACAAGUCCACCAGGCUCAGAAUACCGGGAGCCAAUUUAUCCCAUCAACAAUCGGUCACCAUAUCUCUUACGCCUACGUGUUCGAGGUGAUUCUCGUCCAGUGCAGCCCUAUAGGAGCCCAUCACCAGAUUCUUCAGGUGAAUCGGAUUCAGGCCAGAAACACCCCCUAUCCUCUCCGACUCAGGACCGUGGUAAACGCCAGCGGACAUCGAACGCUUCACACCAAAGCCAUCGAGUGCCUGGUCAGACAUCAAAGUAUAAUUUCUGCACACAGUUAUGUCUGCGGGGACUUGUACAUCAGUCAGAACUUGAUGAUAAAUGCCCCAAUGUGGAUCUUCACCGGAGAAAAUCAGAUGACCGGCGACACACUAUAUCCCGUGAUACCUUGAUCAAGCUUGUUGAACAGCAACUAAAUGCGGACUUGGACUCCUGCACUCCUCUCGGAAAAGAGGGCGUACACGGCUCUAUCUUUGCCAUCCAAUUACAAUCACAUGGUUAUGCCAUGAUUGGGAAAGGUACCGACCAUCACUCAGAUCGUGAAAGUAUCAUGUACAGAAAACUUGAAUCCCUACAAAGAUUUGCUGUCCCCAUCUACCUCGGCGAUGUCUACUUGCAAAGUACCUAUUAUACUGACUCCGGACGAGAGAUUAUCCACCUUUCACUCAUGGCGUGGGGCGGCCGCGCACUACAAGAGUCAGAUCGCCCACGUUUACAGCACUACAUGAAUGAUACAGAAGCUGAGGUCCGCGAAGCUGGUGUUCUGCACCUUGACUUGCACAUGUCCAACUUUCUAUGGAACGAAGAGGCAGCGCGAGUCAUGCUCAUUGAUUUCAGCAGAGCAGAAAUUUCUCGAAAACGCAAAGGAUCGGUUGACCUCUCUGCAAAGCAACACCGCAAGCAACGUCUAUUCACCGACCAUGUACACACUGUCCCCCGCUAUGCAUGCUAGUAGGGUUUGAAUGGUGAUGUUUUGCCAUUAGUGUACGACUUUGCCGUAGUGGUUUGGGACCUGAUUUCGUGGUACAGGUAUACACCUGCUCGUUCCCAAGUCG